UCAAUGAUGGUCUCUGAGUCAGAACAAAAGGGAACACGCAGCCCACCCAGUCGGGGGAUGGCCAGCCUGUGUAGCAGCUUCAGGCAUGAAUAAUUACCUGAAUGCACAGCUUCAUGAGAGACCUGACAUUUCUGAGCAAACUGAAGGUAUGCACUUCAGUUGGAGACACAACUGACUUGUACUGCACAGACAUGUCUAGAAAAGUGGAGCUGUCACUUUUACUGUAUGGACUCUUGCUCAGUAGCAUGGGAGAAGAGGAAGGACUGCAUCAAACACAAUUCCUGAGGUUAAGCAUGCCAGUAGAAACUCGGGAGGAGCGAGGAGAAACUGCCUCUCCAGUAGGUGAAAUACAGCCGGUGAGAUGUUUGCUUCUGUGCGAGGCAUCAGCCCCUGACUUCCAUCAAGUGUGGAGCUUAAUGGGAGCCAGGAGCUGGGAGCCCCUGCCUCUCCGAUGCCAUGCCUUGUGGACCUGCUCACCCCUGGUUCCCGAAUGUCGCCUUUGGGACCCAGUCCACAUGUUCCUGACCCCUGUUGUACCACACUGGCCAUUCCAGAACAUGGACACAAUGUUUGUACGAGGGUUGAAGAGAAAAUGUUUUGAUGGUGAAGAAGAUAUUGAAGGGACUCUGGCUGGUAUUAAGGCUAUCCCUUCCUAUAAUCUCCAGCGGCAGUCACUUUUAGAUAUGUCCUUGGUUAAACUUCAGCUGUGUCACAUGCUGGUCGAACCCAACCUUUGUCGUUCAGUACUUAUAGCCAACACGGUACGGCAGAUCCAAGAGGAAAUGACUCAAGAUGGGACUUGGCAGAUGAUAAAUACACAGAGUACAGGGCAGGCAUCCCUGGAUCGUCUUGUUUCAACAGAUAUCCUCUGCCGUUCAUCUAGGGAUCAAGCUGAGGGAAAGCAUGUUCCAGCCUAUGGUACUUUCAAUAAAGACUUUGAGAGUGACCAGGCACAAGAUAGUUCAGAAACUAUGUCAACAGCCUCUUCAGUGCAAGCACCGAGAAACCUACAGAGCAACGUGUGGGAAAUGGAGAAUCCACAAGAAAAUAAAGGAAACUUUCAAAAAUCUUUAGAUCAAAUAUUUGAGACACUGGAGAAUAAAAGUCCUAAUUCUGUUGAAGAUCUGUUUUCAGAAGUUGACAAUUCUUAUUAUGAUCUUGAUACUAUGUUAACUGGCAUGAUGAGCAACACAAAAAUGGGACACUGUGAUAAUCUUGAAACAUUUUCUACUCCAACAAAUACAGCUUCUAACUCUAAUUGUAAAUCUGAUCUUAAUGACCUUGAUCAUAUUGUGGAAAUCCUUGUUGAAUCCUGAACUUCAUUGCAUAGGAGGUAAAGAUCUGUUAAUGGGAAGAAAAGACUUGAGAAAGCAAUUUCCACAGUUUGUUCUAUCAAAUCUGCACGAGUAUUUUACAGGUAUCUAUAUAUUAUAUAGAUAUAUAUAUUAAGAAGCACUUCAUAUUGCAAAAUAGUGUUAACUCUUAAAGUUAACCUGUAACUUGUAGUGUAACAAUCUGAUUUAUUGUACACUGAACUGUAAGUACAUAUGGAAAAAGUGUCUAUGUUGGGGGUCCAAGGCUCUUGAAAUUGGGUUCUUUUUACCAAUUUCUUUUAGCCUUUGAUAGAGGAUAUCCUCAGGGAGAGGGAUUCUCUCAUCUUCUUAUACUUCCAUAAAAAUGGUAAUAAACAGAGAGAGAAGUUGGAUAACUGGUUUCCUAUUUUCCUCUGGUUUCCACUUUGUUACACCACAAAACUCCUACCAUACCUGCUGCUUCUGUUUUACAUCGCUACAUGGCUCUUAAAGAGCAGUAUGCAAUAGUCUUUGUUAUCCUUGCUAGCUUCUUCUGGGUUUUGCUACAAUUUUUACUUCAGAAAUAGUUUUAAAGUGUUUAUUGGUGUUUAGAUUUUUCCAGGUAUUUUCCUAAAAUAUAUUUUUUACUACAGAUGUUAUGUCAGCUGCUGACUUAGUAACUUUUGAUCAUAUCUGCAGUUGAUGUAUUUUUUGCAAGAUUUUCAAAAAGGGAUGUUUUUUUACCAUGAGCUACCCAAUGUAGUUCAGUAAAGUGUAUGUAAAUGUAAAUAUACAAUUUUAUACUUUGCAUUAAAAUGUAAGAGCUGUUUUCAUGAUUUUGUUUUAUAGAGUAGUACUUUACUAAAUUGAGAAUUGUACAUUUAUGCUUUUCAUACCCCACAUAUUUGAGUAUCAUUAUAGGAAGAGCUUUGAUCUAGCUAGACACAAUUACAUUUAAUUCAUUUCAGACCAUACUUUUUGUUAACUACAAACCUAAAUGAUGUAGGUUUUUAUUUAUGUGUAUUUAUAUGUAAAUGUCAUCAAGUGAAUUGUUUAUCAUGGAAGUCUACCAUCAAAUAUUUGUUUAUAUGGGAUAACUAUCUUGCACUAAUUACUACAAAAAGUGUUACUGGCGGCCUUUAAGUCUCACUGGUUGGAAUGUCAUGAUGUCUUGUCAUAAUUAAUAUGUCCCACUCUUACCAAGAGUUUCCUCUUGGCUUUUUUAAAUAACAAAAAAUGUAAUACAACACAGGAUGGUGGUCUUUUUUUCCAGCGCAUUUGGUUUAGAGUGUAUAUAACUAAGCUCCUUCCUAGGAGGCUUUCUGGGGGAAAAGGGAUAAUUUGAGUCUAGCCUAUGAUUUUAUUCUAAAAUAAAUAUUUACCAUCAGAAGCUGCUACUGGGGAAAAGCCCCAAGCUAGCAGGGAAGUGAGAAAAUGUGGAUUGGUUUCAACACUGGAAUAUGUUGGCUGUGGCCGUGUCAGGGGAAGACAUCUCUCAGUAACAUGGUUGUUUUCUGUAGACGUAAGCCAAGCAAGUUGCUGAAUAAGAAAAGAAAACCUUGCUGUGUGUGACAGGCUCUGCCUUCCCAUGAGUGACCUUACCUGUGGUGCAUGUUCUCAAACCUGGGAACAGGAUUGGAGGUGGGGGUGCCACACUGGUGUUAAGAACAUUUGAGUAUCACUUCAAGAAUAAGGAGACCACUGAGCUUGUGUGCUUUAGAAUCAUCUGCUUUGAGGAAAGAUCGUAUCAUUUAGCUAAAUUUUGCAAACUUGACAGUUGAAUGCGUAUGGGCUCCAUCUUCUGAAACCAUGCAUUUGGUGUGAGUCACCAGUGAACUGCAAGAUGUUUCUUUACAUUAAAUUUGGCAUAAGAUAAUUUGUAGUUGCUGUAGUUAAACUUUGCUUUCUCACUUCAAUUAAUAACUUCACGUUAAAGCACCAAAUAGCAUAUAGGUACUUGCAAGUUCAGUCUGUAGGAUAUUGCUGGACCAAAGAGAAUUUUGCUCAUGCUACAUGUUUUAAUUGAGAGAUCACUCAUAGGUAUUGCAGUAAUAAAUGCUGAUUUGGGAGGAUCCAAAUAAAGAUACAAACUGUCAUGUCAUAUCUCACAGUGAAAUAAAGCUGGCUUGUUUGGUAGUGUU